GGGAUUUAAUUGUUACUUCCGGUGUGUGUACGUGCGGCGGCCAUAUUGCUUUCUAUCUUCAAGGGUAACUGAGGCGACCCAGGCUAGGCAUCAUGUUCCGGUUUGCUAAAGCUGCUGUAAACAUCACAGGUCAGGCCGCAAGGCAGGUGAGGCAUGGAUCCACUGCCACCCCAGAUUUCCACUCUAAGUAUGGCACUGGUUUGAUCAUCGGUGGAGCAGGAUUCUGCACAGCUGUGUGGGCAUAUGUACUGACUCAGACCGGCAUCACCUGGAAUCUGUCACCUGUUGGGAAGGUCAUGCCCAAAGAAUGGAGAGAGCCUGAGUCUGAGGAGUAGAGCGGAUAUGACGGACCGAUAUCUCCCCUAACUUUCUGGUUGUACAGAUGAAUAAAAAUGAUCUGCCUGUUUAGACAGUGAAUGCCUGUGUUUAUUCCAACAUGUUACUUUUGUCCAAAUAAAUUAAGUAUGAUUCUACUGA